AUGAGUGGGUUAUACGGCCUUCUCUUCACCAAGUUGACGUUACCGUCCCCAUCUUUCAUCCAGGGGAAGACCAUUCUGAUCACUGGUGCUAAUACCGGGCUCGGUCGGGAAGCUGCCAGGCAUGCACUUGCCUUGGGCGCUGACACAAUCAUUCUGGGCGUUCGCACUCUGAGCAAAGGCGAAGAGGCCAAAGCUAACAUCGAAGCGAGCACCGGCUGUGCUGACAAGGAUAAGGUUCUCGUAUGGCCUAUCAAUCUCGAAUCAUUUGCCAGCGUCCAGGCAUUUGCAGCCAGGGUUCGCAAACAUGUGUCGGAUGGAGGCCGACUGGACAUGGCCAUUAUGAAUGCAGGGAUUGCAUCGGUCGAAUACGCUGCUACCAGAGAUGGCUGGGAGAAGGGAAUUCAGGUGAACGUGUUGUCGAUUGCGCUUCUUAGCCUGCAACUUCUACCGCUAUUGCUGCGGACAAAGGAGCGGGAUCCCUCAGCGCAACCGCAUCUAGCCAUCCUCACGAGCGACAUUCACAAGUCAAUCAAAUUUCCCGAACGAUACGGGGACCAGAUUCUUUCUGUCCUGAACGAGGAACAACAGUGGCAGAUAUCUCAAGCUGUGGGUGGACCCACCGAGCGCUACGGGGUCACCAAGCUGAUGGAUUUGUUUAUCACUAUGGAAUUGGCUCGACUGGUACCACGUGACGCGCAUGCAGAGCCGCUCGUGGUCGUGAAUGCGGUAACACCCGGAUUUUGCAAAUCGGAUCUCCUUACUAGGGAGAAGGCACCAUGGAUCCUGAAAUUGGUCCAGGCUUUGAUUGCCAGGACGGUGGAGGAAGGCAGCAAAACUUUGUUGCAUGCAGUAACGCAGGGGUCGAAGUCUCAUGGGAAGUGGUUGGAAAACCAGGCCAUCGCAGACCCCGGUAAGAUUGUGACGGACUUUGAAGCGGUGGAUGUGAGGGAGAAGGUAUGGGCGGAGAUCACCACAUUUUUGCGGACCAUUGAUCCGGAGAUCCAAACUGAGUACUGA